AUGUCGUAUUUAUCAUAUUAAAUAAGAGGAGGUACCAGAGGUGGUCGUGAUCAAUUUAAAUGGGAUGAUGUUAGACAGAUGUCUCACAAAGAUCGUGAACAGUAUCUCGGAUAAUCUGCAAUGAUGGGUUUCUUAGAUAAAGGAGGAAAGUGGAGAAAGAAAGAUUGGUACACAAAAAAUGUAGAUGAUGAAGAUGAAGAAGAUGAAAAAAUAAAAUAAGAAAGAUAAAAAAUUAUAGAAAAUGAUCAAAAAAGAAUAAGAAUUGCUUUAGGUCUAGAAAAGGAAGAGAAAAAAACCAUUUCAGAAACUGCUACUGAAGAAGAAAAAAUGUAAUUACUUAAAUAAAUUCGUGAAGGUAUGGAUUUAAACAAGCAAAAAGUAAAUGACUGGGAUGAUAUCGAAGAAAAUGAUGAAAUAAGAGGUAUCGGAUUUAGACAUACUGCUGAAUAAUUAGUAAAAGUAAAAUAAGGGAUGGAUAUGAGUAAAUUCUUGAAUUAUGACCCUACAAAGCUUGAAGCUGAAGGAUUCAGUGACGAGGAUUAAAAAUAGAAAGAAAAAUCAAAAAAAGAUAAGAAAAGUAAAAAAGAUAAAAAGAAAGGCAGCAGAUCGCCUUCGAAUGACAAAAAAGAAAAAAAUGUAGAGGGAAAAAGUAAAAAAAUAAAGAAAGAGAAGAAAGACAAAAAGUCAAAAAAGGAUAAAAAACACAAAAAAGAUAAAAAGAAGCAUAAAUCUCUCAAAAAGAGACACGAUUCGUCAUCUUCAAGAUCACCUUCUUCAUCUAGAUCUCCUUCUUCUUAAAAAAAACAAAAAAAAGAAAAGAAAUGA